AUGCUAUCUGGAUACUUACGCUCCCUUUGCCGCUUUCGAAAGACGAGCGUGAGUGUUCUUUUACUGGCCACCUAUGCUAUUGUUGGUGCACUGUACGUUUGGAACAAUAUAAAUUAUAGAUACCACGGAACGCUCGACAAGAAAGAUCAAUUGUUACUUGAAGAUGCGUGGCUUUCGCUUCAGGAGAUAACCAAGAGUCCCCACGAAUAUAUAUCGAGGCAGAAUGAUGUUGUACAUGAUUUUAUCUUGCAAAAGGUCAAGACCUUGACAGCCCAAACUCCUUAUGCUGAGAUUUCCGAUGACUUGGAAACUAAAAAUCGCAUUUUAUUCAGACAGCCUGAUGUCUUUAAUUCGAGCUCUGAUGCCACCAGAGUGAUCUCGUUUGAAUCUUCUAAUGUGCUGGUUAAAAUAGAGGGAUCCGACUCAAAACUGGACGGUUUGUUGCUUUCCGCACAUUUCGACUCUGUGCCAACUGGAUUGGGAGCAACAGAUGACGGCAUGGGUGUUGUUUCUCUUCUUGCUUUAUUACAGAGGCUAACAGAAAAACAGCCACGUCGAUCUGUGAUAUUCAAUUUUAACAAUAAUGAGGAAUUUGGACUUUUAGGAGCAUCUGCCUUUUUCAAUCAUCCUUGGAGUAAGCUUGUCCACUAUAUGCUAAAUCUAGAGGGUGCCGGUGCUGGUGGUAAAGCUGUUUUGUUCAGAACUUCUGACGCUGCCACUGCUUCCAUAUACAAAGCUGCAGUCCGUCAGCAACCCUUUGGUAACUCAAUGUAUCAGCAAGCGUUUUACGACCGUUACAUCUCGAGCGAAACUGACUACAAAGUAUACGAACAGCAGGGACUUCGUGGAUGGGAUAUUGCUUUUUAUAAGCCAAGGAGUCUGUAUCACACUAUGCGGGACUCAAUUGUUAACACGGGGAAAGCUUCGCUAUGGCAUAUGAUGCAAGCAGCGUUGCAAUUAACAGAAUUCUUGGUAUAUGAUGAUGUCGUCGACGAUCCUGAAGAUCGCGUUCCUGCAGUAUAUUUCGACAUUUUGGGAUCUUAUUUCGUGUCGUUCAAAGCAAAGACUCUCUUCACCAUGAACUGCGUCCUACUAAGUGUUGUUCCGGUAGUUCUAUUGAUUUUGAAAAUUGUGGGCACGAAAUGGAGUGCCGAUAAAAGCAAAUCCACUUGGCUGUGGUUUAGACUACCUAUCAGCUUUUUGGUUGCAUAUGUGCUAAUAGCCAGUGGCAGAUCGAUCCUAUAUCGUCAAAAUCCGCUAAUUUUUUCUAGAGACUAUCUCAGCCCCACCAUCGCUUUUUGUCUAACUUUCAUUGCUGCCAAUUACUUGGUAUUGUCCUUUUUCGAGUUCUGGUCGCCAAGCGAAGAUUUCAAAUCUGUGGCAAUUUUGGAGCUGUCGCUAGCCUACUGGUUCCUACUACUACUUGCCACUGUUCGGAUCUAUACCGAGAGAUAUCGUGCUACUGGUUUUUACGCUGUAACCGCCCUAUAUUUGUUGGCCUCUUUCAGUGCUACAAUUGGACUCACAUGCUCGGCAUUUAGGCAUAACGAGGUCAGCAGCGAUGCACAUACUUCUGGUGACGACGGUAUACACAGCGAACACCGAACUUCUCCAAACACGGAAAUAGGGGCAGAGGGUCACUCGGAUGAUGAAGUUGACGAAAGAGCGCCUCUGCUUUCUGACCAUACUGCAAGAAGCAGUUUGAGUACUCAGCGAUCCAAGACCGAUAGAGUCAGCAUCAGCGCAAAAGUAAGAAAUAUCAAGAACUACGACUGGAGCAUUCAGUUCCUGUUAUUAGUGCCACUGGCCUCAAUAAUAAUGGCUCUAUGCUCUUCUCAAUUACUUGAAGCUGUCAAUCAGACUUGCCAGGAAGGCUUCAAAGCCUCUUGGAAUGUUUCAAUGAUAUCUAUGCUUAGUGCCAUUUCCAUUGCUUUACCACUUUUGCCAUUUUCGUAUAAGCUCAACUAUUUUGUCGCACUACUGAUCAUGGGCGUUGCAGCAUGUUCAGGAAUUUUGUCCAUCAUCCAGGACCCUUUCACCGCGAGCUCACCUUUGAAAUUGAAGUUCUCUCAGGAAGCUUACCUGAAUAAAGGAGACAAACUCGCAAUGGUGAAGAUAAGUGGUCGUCAAGGCGCGGGUAUCGAGCAGAUACUAGGAGAUCUACCGACAAUAAAGUCAUCGCACACAAAGAUCAAAUGUGAUUCCGAUGGUCUAGGCUCAGAAACGUGUAGCUACCCUGGAGUUACCCCAAAUAUCAUCGAUUACUAUGACGAGUUGAACCUUUCGAGCGCAAUGUCGAUUGAUGUUCUAUCCAACAAUAGAAAAUCGCCCUCCAGGUCGCCAUAUGAACCAAUUUAUGCUGAAGUCCGGAUAAAUGUGCUGGAAAAUCGUUUAUGCACAAUAGCUUUUAACUCCUCGCAAUAUGCCGAUUACACUUUUGGUAAGUCACCAGUUAAGCAACUGACUAUCUUCAAGAAUGCCACUCCUGACAAUCGUACUGCUGCUGCCACACCCAUUGCUGACGGGUUGUCGUUCGACCGAGAGGGAAAUCAAAUAUUCAGAUGGAAUAAAGGCAUCGAUUCUCUACAGUUGCAUAAACUAGACUUCAGAAGAAACUACUACCGGGUGGGAAUUCAGUGGACUCCAAAAAUAUUAAGCCAAGGCUCGGAAGAAGAGACAACAGAUGCAUUAGGUCUUCAGGUACGCUGCUCUUGGGGUGAUUAUGAUUCCGAAUCUAUCGUAAAUGAAGAGCCUAGACGUAGAGUACCCGCUUACGACGAACUGUUGGCUUAUUCACCUGCUUCAGUGUCUUAUGCGAACAGAGAAGCCGGUAUGGUGAUACUCAAUGACUUCCUUGUCCUGUGA